AUGGAACUUUAUGUUCAGACAGGAACUAAGGAUAAAGACAUUAAUCUUGUACUAGGUUUAAGUAUAAGGGCUAUUACAGUUAAGGCUGGUGGAGUAGCACCUCCAGUCACUGAAGUAUUGCUCGGUGGGAGCAUUCUUGCAUGGCUCGUUUUUGCUUUCAUAUAUUGUGGCAUUACGACACCACGUGAUAGGAAUGAAAAUGUCUAUUUUGUGAUACAUGUCAUGAUGAGUACAUUCUAUUUCUACUUCACAUUGCUGCUUGUUCCCGUUGUCUCUCUUCUAUGUGAUUUCAUCUUCCAAGGGGUGGAGAGAUGGUUCUUCCCAUAUGAUUAUCAGAUCGUUCAAGAAAUACAUGGGCACGAGUCAGAUGCAAGCAAGGCUGAUCACCUGGAGAUAGAGAACGAGCUCACACCUCAAGAAGCGAGAAGCUAUGCGAUAUCCCAAUUGCCACGGGAGCUCUAA